CGGUGACAAUGUGGAAGUGCUAACUAAAGGAAUAAUAUAUCUUCAUAUACGAGUAUUGCAUUACCUAUAUUUUCGCGAAGUAAAACACAAUUAUCACAAAAAUAAUACUGCAGUGGAAACAGUAUGCGGAUUAAAUGCUGGUCAUGUAUCGUAAUUGUUUUGACGAUUCUCUUGAUUAGUCAAGCUGCGCUGAUAGUAAUGGGUUUCAUAAUCAUUCCUCUCGAAUUUCCCUCCAAUACUGGCUUUGAACCAGGGCCUGACACUUCUUCUGGUUUUUCGAGUUGGGAGUCAGGAUUAAGUUUGGGUGUUGCAACACAACCUGGAUCGGGAUCGGGAUCUGGAUCAACAUCAACAUCAGCAUCAGCAUCAGCAUCAGUAUCAGCAUCAACAUCGGGAUCGGGAUCGGGAUCGGGAUCGGGAUCGGGAUCGGGAUCGGGAUCGGGAUCGGGAUCGGGAUCGGGAUCGGGAUCUGGAUCUGGAUCUGGAUCGGGAUCAGGAUCAGGAUCGGGAUCGGGGUCGGGGUCGGGACCUGGUUCUGGCUCUGGAUCAGGAAGAGGAUAAGCUUAAGACUCUUGCUAAUGGCUGUCAGUUUUAUAGAAUUUAAUUAUAAGCUGUUGUGUAUACCUACCUAUACUUAGAUAUCUUAUUCUCAAUACGUUUUAUUUUGCAACCUAAAUUUUAAAGAAGAAAUGAGCAUUAAAAAAAUACACACAUUCAAAAUUUUAGUUAGCAUUUCUAAAAAGUUACUUAUAUACCUAUUAACCUACAUAUGCGUAUAAUACAUAAUUAUUGUUGAUAGAUAACUAUUAUUUUAUGAACUUGGGACCUACCUUGAAAGGAAUCGCACAUUUUAGUACCUAUAGGUGACAUGCUUAUAGAUAGGUAGAUAUGUAAACCUUUCGAAACAUGUUCA